UGUAUGGAAGCUCUGUGUAUUUGUAUGUUGACAACAGCAGACUAGCCGUUAUUGUUCAUUUUAGGGCAAAAAAUACUGUUGCUAAAAGGCAACAAGAAAACUGGUCAGUAGGAAACGUUUUCAGCAGCUUAUAGCAGACAAAUUAAAGCUGUUGAUACACCACUGGCAGGAAGAUGUCGAAUUGUACUUUCCAGGCACAGCUGGUGUCCAUCAUGGAAAUACUGGCCAAGGCGGCCGUAGCAGAGAUCAACCGACGAGUGAACGACAGCUGCGCGGUGAUCCGUCUGGAAAUGAGACGGAGUCAGAGGGACAUCGAUGCCCUGAAGAGGAAAUAUCAUGUCAUGGAGAGCGAACUGCGUAGGACAAAGGGACGAGCGAGGAAAAAAGUGCCGUUGUGUGUGGUAUCGGAUCGAUACACCCCGACUCCUAGAAGUGUGUCUAUCCAAAACCGGGCGUGUGUGUGGAGUGAAGAACACAGCACCGUUAUUCCAGAGCAGAGGCAACCAACACAUGUGCAGGACACACAUGUCCCCCAUCCGCCUUCUGAUGCGGCUCCUUUGAUCAAAGAGGAGACGGAAGAGGACAAUAUGUGGGUCAGUGAAGGAGACCAGAUCACCUUUUCCCACCAAGGACCAGACGUGGCAACCACCGCAGAGGAAGUGUCUCACACACCACUGGACGGGCAACAUGGCACACACACCACACACACAGGAGAGCAGGAGGCCCAGGUCACUGUGGAGGUCCAGGUGAAGUUCGAAGAGGAGGAAGAGGGUGGUGGGAGGAAGGAGGAAGAGGAGGAGGACAAAAAAGAGGAGCGGAACGAUGGGGAGGCCACAGAAGAAGAACAACAACAUCAACAGCAGCAGCAGAGCUUGGGGCAAGGAGAGUUCGGCAUGGAGCAGCAUGGGGGGGCCUCCCUGUGGACAACAUCCACCAGUGACUUCAGCAUAGAAACGUACACCCACACCCAGCCUCUGUCUGUGCCCCCACUGCCACCUCCUCCUCCCCCCCUCAUAGGAUCCGCCACCAUGGAACAAUCCAGAAACAACACUGCCAUGUUGAUGGCCAGGAACAUGGGACGUGCCAGGUGGGACGGACAGGCUCGUGACCACAUGACCCAGGAGCCGUGUGGCAGCCGGCCCCAGGCGGGUUUCAGAACCGGAGGCGGGUCUGCGCUGGGACUGGGUGGAUUUCGCGGCAACAACAGCGUUGGCAUCGGUGGUUUCGGCAACAACGCCGCCGCCGCCGCCGUCGGGUAUCAGACCGGCGCCCUGCGGCGUCUCCGGCCCCACCAGUGGCGCUCCGUCGGCCCCGCGGCAGGGUCUUCGUCCGCCUCGUCCUCUUCCUCGCUGUGCGCGGAGCGGCGCGUCUACGUCUGCUCGUUCUGCCCCAAGAGCUUCGCCCGCCUCAGUCAGCUGAAGGAGCACCUGCGGAGCCACACGGGCGAGAAGCCCUUCAGCUGCGCCACCUGCGGCCGGCGCUUCACCAAGCACUGCAACCUGGUGCGCCACGCCGUGGUCCACAGCGGCGAGAAGCCCUACCGCUGCCCCACCUGUGCCAAGUGCUUCACCCAGAGCUCCAGCCUCAAGUCGCACCAGCGCACCCACCUGAUGCCGCACCACAGAGAGGGGGCGCUAGUGAGCCGCGCCCAGUUCAGAGGGGCGCUGCUCUCGGGGGCUGGAACAUCCCAAAACUACAGGGGCUUCACAUAGGACGCAGAACAGGGGGGUAGGUUAGAGGAUCAGUCCGUGAUUCUACUCCAGUGUACUCUUUGUUUAAUUCAGAUUGCUCCUCACUGUCCUCUAGCUGUCUGUUCUCUCUGUACGUGUGUGUGUGUGUGUGUGUGUGUGUGUGUGUGUGUGUGUUUGCAAAACAAAAAUGGUGUUUGUAUACAGUCCUGGGUCUGUAAAUGGGAAACAAAUGUAGUAGCUCAGAGUGAGCCAUGGUCUAUUUGGUUGGCUGUUGAGCUAAAUAUCAUCAAUCUUUAGUCAGAAUCACAGACUUCUUUAAAUAUGGAGAAAGGAUGGACAGAGUUGUUCUAUAUUUAUCAUUGCAUUUGUGAGUCUUAAUAAUGGUAAGUGUGUGUGUGUGUGUGUGUGUGUGUGUGUGUGUGUGUGUGUCCCCUAAUGUGACUGCAGAUGGUCGCUCUUCAGGUGAACACAUAUUUCUGUACAUUACUCAUCCUGUGUUCAUCUGUAUUUCUGUGGCUGAUGAUGUAUGCCACAGAUGUCUUGAUUUUGUUUAAUUAAAAAGGACAUGACCUUUUAAAGGAAAUGCCAUCUCUCCCAUAAA